AUGUCCUUGCUAUCCAAAGUAACUCGUUGUAUGAGAGCAAUUGCUCCUUUAGAACUUGCUGAAACCUCGUGGGACAACGUAGGUGUUUUAGUAGAACCUCCUUUUCCUUCACCAAAGCAAAACAAGGUUCUUUUGACUAUUGACUUGACUCCACAAGUACUUGAAGAAGCACUUGCUGAUCCCAAAUUUGGCACUAUUGUAUCAUAUCAUCCUCCUAUCUUUAGAGGCUUCAAGAGAUUAACUUCAGAGGAUCCUCAACAAGCUAUGAUCUUGAAAGCCAUUGCUUCUGGUGUCGGUAUCUAUUCUCCUCAUACAGCUUGUGACAAUUGCAUCAACGGAGUCAACGACUGGCUAGCAAGUGGAUUAGGAAAAGGUCGUGUUGAACCCAUUACACCAGCUGAUAAUCCACCUGAGGGACAAGAAGGAUCUGGUUCUGGUCGACUUUUCACUUUUAGCGAGCCUACUUCAUUGUCCGAAAUUGUUGAUCGCGUCAAGAAGCUGAUUGGAUUGCCCUAUGCUACGAUGGAUAAGAACAAGCUGAUCGAGACAGUAGCCAUCUGUGCUGGAUCAGGCUCUUCUGUUUUGAAUUCAGUUAAAGCCGACCUUUAUUUCACAGGUGAAAUGGGACAUCAUGAUGUAUUGGCUGCUUUAUAUAGAAAUACAAGUGUUAUUUUAUGUGAACAUACCAAUACAGAAAGAGGAUAUCUCUCUGCUGUCUUAAAGCCUGCUUUAGAAAAGCAAUUGGUCAAUGAAACAUCAGAGUCUGGUGAACCCAUUGAAGUUGUCGUGUCUCAAGCUGAUAAGGACCCACUUCAAGUUGUAUGA